UGCUGACUGCCGCCCUGGUUUGCUGAGUUGCCAUGACUGUCUUCUUAAAUUCGGUUAGCAGCUCGGUCUGCCAUUCACAACUGGAUCGCGACGCCAUGGCGGGCGAGACCACGUCCUCUGGUGCCACGCCGGACGCGCCGCCUGGUACGACGGAGGAGGACCCCUUGGAGCUCGCCGUCGAGCGGCGGCUUACUAGUGACGGGGGCCACGGCGGCGGCAAGGGGGGCUCCUUCACCAUCCUCCGCGUCCCGGCCUGCGUCCGCGAGGUGAACCGGACGCUGUACGAGCCCCGCCUCGUGUCCGUCGGCCCCUACUACCGCGGCCGCGCCGAGCUCCGCGCCAUGGAGCGGCACAAGUGGCGCUACCUCCGCCACCUGCUCCAGCGCGCCGCCCCGGUGCCCCUGCGCGCCUUCGUGCGCGCGGUCCGCGACGUCGAGUCCCGCGCCCGCGCCUGCUACAGCGAGGCCGACGCCGACGCCGAGGAAGGGUUCGCGGAGAUGCUGCUCCUCGACGGCUGCUUCGUGCUCGAGUUCUUCUUCAAGUGGCACCGGCAGGAGCCCGACGUGCUCUGCGACGCCGGCUGGGCGCUCGUGCUCCUGCACUCGGACCUCCUCCUCGUGGAGAACCAGGUCCCCUUCUUCGUCCUAGAGGCGCUCUUCGACGCCUUCUUCCGCGGCGGGGUCCCGAGGAACGACCUGCUGGCGCUCCUACUGCUGCACCUCAAGCCCAACGGCGCGCUCCUGCCCCACCAACCGCCGUCGCCGUGCAAGGCACCCACAGGCCCGAUCGACCACCUGCUCCACCUCUUCCACGAGGCGUUCGUGCCCAGGCCUCAGGCGCCACCGGCGGCGUCGAGCCAGGCCUCGCCUCCGCCGCCGCAGGUGAUACCUUGCGUGAGCGCGCUCCGCGAGGCCGGCGUCCGGUUCGUGAGGAAGCCGCCGUCCCCUCGCGGCAUGUUCGACAUAACGUUCGACGGCGACAAGGGCGUGAUGGAGGUGCCCCCCGUGGCGAUCGACCAGGCGAGCCUGCCGCUGCUCGUGAACCUCGUCGCCUUCGAGCAGAGCAGGGGCCCCCGGACUGGCUCCUCCGGCGCCCCGCUGACGAGCUACGCGGCGCUCAUGGCGUCGCUGGUGAGGACGGGGAAGGACGUGGAGGAGCUGCAGCGCCGGGGGAUCGUGGACAACAUGCUGUCCAGCGACGACGACGCGGCCGCCAAUUUCUUCCAGUCCCUGGGCGCCUGCAGCACCAUGAACUACGACGACCACCUGUUCGCGCCGCUCUUCGCCGAUGUGAAGCGCUACCACGACAUGAGCUGGCACAGGCACAGGGCCAGGUUCAUGCGCGACUACUGCAGCAACCCGUGGUCCGUCAUCGCACUCGUGCUCGCCGUCCUGGCGUUCUUCUUCUCUCUCUUCAACCAAUCCGUGGCCGUCUACAACCUCGCUCACCCUCAACCUCAAUGAUCUUCGUCAGCGACUCACUCAGGGCAAGCGACGAAAGAGAAGAGGUGGAUUUCCUGCAUGUGGUCAUCUGAUGUGUUUGCAAGUGUAGCUAAUAUCUUACUUUAAAAUAAGUUUGAUAUGCUAAAAUUGGGACCAGUAACAUCUCCUGUACUUACUGGAUACGAAGGAUUUAACGGUUUAUCAUCUAGAGACCAUUUGCUUUUCAACAUUUAAAUGCAA